UGCGAGUGUGGGCGCGAGGCGAGGGGGCGCCUUUAGAACCGCAGCUGUCGCCGUCGCAGGGGAGCAUUUGCCCAUUCUUCGCCACAGAGGAGAGAGAGAGAGUGAGAGAGAGAGAGAGACACAGACAGCCAGCCAGCCAGCCAGCCACAGAGAACACUGGACUGGAGUCGAAGGCAGUGGAGUGGUGCUCCUGAGUCGAGGAGAGAGAAAGGAGCCGGGCAGCAUCGCCUCGAGCUGAGCUGAGCUUGAGCUGAGCCCAGCACUGAGAGACAAAGAGUCGCAAUCUGAGCACGAGGAGGAGAGAGGACGCAGCUGGGGCGAGCCCGUCACUCAAAUUCCAUGAGGUCUCCCUCAACCAUGCGCUGUAGAUUCCAGCGAGGGCUGCACACCAUCGGCGUGAGAAAGUGAGUCGCGGAGAGGUCCGCGGUGAAGUGGACGUGGUCGAGAGAGGGAGAGAGAGAAGGAGAGGCAAGUAGACGGGAGCUGCAACUGGCUAUCAGUACGCUUUUGGCCCUUUAACAAGUGGGAUUGAGCUCGAAGAAGUCGUGCAGGAGAGAGGCGAAAAGCUCGUUUGUACUGCAGGGAAACGGGACAGUGUGUUGAAAUUCUGGAACACGGAGGUUUGGAGGAGUGGUGGUGGUGAUUUGGAUGAGCGCCGCAUAGUGAUCCGAGGAAGCCAGGGCUCGCGUAAGACGGGAUACAACAUUUUAUUCAGAGGCGGAGUGCGAGAAAUAGCUCGAGCGAGGUGGGAAGUAGCAUGAGCUUGGAGAAGCUGGACUUUCAGUAAGAUGGGUUUAAUGAGCAGGGCUGCUGUUGAACCAGACGCAAUGGGUAACAAAGCGACCGAUUCCCGAUGGCUCUUUCCGCUGCGGAGAUUCGAGGAGGAGCUUUUGGAGCACAUUCUCAUGUCUGCAAGUUGUUCUAAUCCAUGGCCCGGUCGCCGUGGUGGCAAGGAGGCGGAGUCCGGUACCCAAGGCUUUCCCGUGGCCAAGGAGAGGAGCAACGUCACAGACGUGGUGCAGCGGAAGAUUGAGAAGAUAGGUAAGAAUGUCGUCGGGAAGGUGAAAGUGUUGAAGCAGGUGUUCACCGAGUCGCUGGACAAGGGUUCCGAGAAAGAGGCAGGUCGGGCCAGCCGCGAGGAAUGUAGGAAAGUGGCCUGCAACGAAAUAGUUCGCGCCACUCUGCACAGGCAUCCUGGAAGCCAGCUGCCCGAUGUUUUCGUCUGCACCCUUCAAGCACACUUCGACUCUUUCCCCAACAGCUAUGCGAGGGCGGGAUUCAACAGCGAGCAGGUGUUCAUGCACAUCCGGUUGCUGGACCAAGCGAAACUGCAGCCGGCGAAUAUGCCCGUGCUCCAUCUCCAGGCAGCGGACUGCAUGAGCCGCUCCAGCAAUGUCAGCGAGUUCUCAUCGACAACCAGCUCGCCUUCGUCCUCCGUGUGGGACGACAACGACCGGAGUUUGAUGGACGAGGUCAUAGACGUGGCCUUCGCGUGCAAUUCUUCCGUGUCGAAGCCCGCUCUCGUCUGGGCCUUCGAACACGAGAUGAUAACCGUCAAACAGGCGACCGUAUUCGAGCGCAAGGGCUCGAGUCUUGGAGUAAUCCAAAUUCAGUGUCCCCGCGAGAAAUCGCAGCAAGAUUUCAUCCGGCAGGUUAUCAGAACCGCCAUCCGCAAGUCAAGAUUCUCGAAAUUUUCCUUCGGGUUGUGCGGCUGCGAGGUUCCCAGCUUCUCGGACCAGAGAGGAGUGGACGUGCGCUCGACCUGCUCCAGCAAGGAUCAAGCAUCAGUGUCUUCAGCCGAAGAGGGCUCCGAAUUCAAAGAGAACUAUUGGAACGAGGCGGACUUCAACUUCACCUCGACGAGCUUUGUCAACUCCGGCUACGGAGUGUACGGUUCUUAUGGCUACCCCUGCUACCGAGGUCCAUCGUCGCCCGGGGGCCUGUUUCGGAUUCUAGCUGCCGAGGGCACGUCUCCUGAGAUCAUAUCAGGCGAAGGUGAGCUGGGCAGAUGGCUCGUGGACGGGGCCGAGCUUCUAAUCGAAGAAGAGGUAAUUUGCACGGGAUCUUCAGGGACCACGUACCAUGGGCACUUUAAGGGCGAGGAGGUAGCGGUGAAGGAGGUGAAGGGCUGCAAAGGCGGGCUCAUCAUCGAAGGGGACCUCCGGCGGGAUGUACUAUCGCUCUCGAGUUGCGACCAUAAAAAUCUGGUCCCCUUUUACGGCAUCUCCCUCGACACUCGCCACUCCAGCUACAUUGCGACGGUGUGCAAGUACAUGGAGGGCGGGUCUCUCUUCUCUCUCGUCCAGAAGGGAGGCGGGCUCCAACUCUCGGACCUCCUGCGCAUCGCCAGGGAUGUAGCGGAGGGGUUGCGAUUUCUGCACGACCAAGGCGUAGUGCACAGGGAUCUGAAAAGUACGUCCGUCCUCUUCGAUGGGAGCGGCGCUGCUCGAGUCGGGGAUCUAGGAGUAGUCCGACUAUGGAAUGCCUUCACCGAGGACAUUCCCGUGGGUUCGAACUUCUACUGGAUGGCUCCAGAGGCUCUGGGAAUAGAUUCGGAGAGCAACACGGUGACGGGAAAGAGCGAUGUGUACAGCUAUGGCAUGCUGCUGUGGGAGAUGCUCACGGGCCAGCAGCCUUACGCCAGCUACUCACCGGUGCAGGCAGCGUUGGGCGUGGCAGUGCACGGAAUGAGACCCACCAUCCCGGACACGACGUUUCUCCCGUUGAAAUGCUUGAUCGAGCAAUGCUGGGCCAGCGACCCGCUGGACAGACCGGACUUUUCGGAGGUGCUCGAAGUGUUGGACAUGGCGACUCAAGAGCUGCUCAGCCGCGACAAGUCCUGACUCUAGAACUGCGGAUCGGCCUGCUCAGUGUAGUUAUGUAUCCCUCCCGUUGCGAGAUCGAGGCAACAUAGUCCUCACGGGGAAAAUUACUAAAGUAGCUCCAGUAUUAGGUUUUGGGGUGAGAUAGAUCGUCACAUCCAUCGCGGAUCGGCGAAGCAGCGUAGACAGUGAAGGAAUGUAGCGAAGCAAGGUGCAGGAUUAUCGAUUCAGGUUGCCCGUACUCAACCCGCGGUAGUGCGCUAACAGCUCAAACUGGAGAUGCGAAUCCCUAUAUAGGAAAGAUGCCCGCUUUUGGCCUUUUGUUGACCACGAGGAGCCCUGCAGCUCUCAACAAUCUCUGCUUCGGUUCCUCCUGGUUCCAGUUUUGUUCUUUGUACUAUACUGUAUAACCGCUCUUGCAUAAGCAAAGUCGUUCCUUUCCGUUCGCAU